CACGAAUAACAACAACAACAACCACAACAACAUUUUCUUCAAAACAAAACAAUGGUGAUUGUAAAUUUGUCAUCGGCAUUAACAGAAGAAGAGGAAUUGUUAAAGUUAAAAUAUGCGAAGUUAAGGAAAAAGCGUAAGCAGCUGCAGGCAUUAAAGACUGUCAAACCAGAGCGGGAACCAGAAAAAGUGAAACCAGUUAAGCGCCCAUCGGAAUCAGCAGAAGAUGCCAAAGAACAGGCCAAGAAGCUUGUCAUGUCAGGGGCCAUUAAACUGAGCGACAAAAAGGAGAAACAGGGCUUCAAGCGUUCCCGAAAUCUGGAGAAGAAACUGCAGGACCCUGAGAAGACUCCCCAACCUGUUGUGGGAUUCCAGCCAUUUGCUGCCACCCAUGCGGAAGAAGAGAGGGAAGAACGGGGUCCUAAAUCCAGCCUAGCUCGUGGGCAGAAGUACACAAACUUUGUGCGUGGUGAACGGGAGCAUCCUGGUAGACCAGAGAGAGCUGAUGACCAUGAGGAAUGGGCUGAACGACGAGAUCGACGCCCCAGGGAGCCUCUGCCAGAAAAAGGCCACACAGUCCAUGUGAAAGGUCUAGGCAUAGGGGAGGAAAUGCUGAGGAAGACAUUCUCAAAUUUUGGCAACAUUGUCAACAUCACCAUGGAAAAAGAACGCAAUACUGGUUUUAUCACAUUUGAAAGCAUGGACUCUGCAGACGCUGCCAUUCAAGAGGGCGACGGUGCCGUGGUAGAGGGUGUACAGCUGAAGGUGUCAAUGGCUCGCAGGCAACCGUCCUUUGAGGUGACCAACACCGAACAGUCCACUGGGUCUUGGUCAACCAUUGCUGCCAGUACUUCACAGAAAGGGACAUUCAAAGACAAACGGGAUGUUGUAGCUUAUGAUGAGGACAAUAUGUUCUCAGAAUGAACUAACCAUUGUCAUUCCUGGAAGAACAUGCAAUUUACGAGAGUGAUGCUAAAAUAUACCUACUGGUAUAUUACAUUUUCUUAAAAAUGUGUGCGUUGAUUCACAUUGUUAUAAACACAGUGCAUGGCUAUAGAUUUAAGUUUUACAGGCUAUGUGAAGUUUUGAAUGAUGGUGUGGAGGUGAAAAACAAUCUUAGUCUAUCCUUUUCUCACACAUAUUUAAGGGCCUAUCCUUUAUUAUUUGACUCAAAAAUAUAUAUUCACAUGAAAUGGUCCAACUUUUGUGAUAAUUAUAUUGUUACGUUGCUGUUAUUGAAACUGAACACUAUGAUAUUGGUCAGUCAAGUUAACAAGUUAUCAUUAACAAUGUGGAAUACCCAAUGCCUUCACAUGCAGAGAUUAAGCUUAUUAUUGUUGUUUAAUGAACAACAAAUUAUGAGGCAUGACUAAUGAAACACAUCACUUAUUUCCGAUCAUCAUUAUAACAUUUCAGCACAAAAGGACAACAACUAACCACUGGAUGAUGGUUAAAAGGUAGAUUGAGAUUGUAUGCGUUUGCUGCAAUCAAAAUAUGUGUAUAAUAUGAAAGUGACACAACAUGAUGUUGAUCUACUGCAAUAAAGUUUCUACCUGUAAA